AUGCGGCACGCAAAAGCUGCCGAGUAUUACAACAGAGCAAAGAUUCUUUUCUACACAGACCAGGAGAACAACCCCAUUGUUUGCCUGCAGUCUAUCAUGUUAUUCUAUUGGUGGGCUCCACGUGGUCCUGCGCUGGUUCAUAAAGACGCGGCUUGGUGGUGGACUGGGAUCGCAAUCAAAUACGCGCAACAAAUGGGUCUGCAUCGCGAGCCAAAGAAUGUCUGCGAUGUGGGAGGAGAUGCAGUGCAAGGGCUGAGAAGGAGGAUCUGGUGGACAUUGUUUGCCCGAGAACGAUUGACAGGAAUGUGCCAAGGACGACCUCUUACCAUCAACCCCGAAGAUUGCAAUGUUCGCGAGGUUUCACUCGAGGAUUUUGGCUCAUCUGAAGACGCGAGAGUGGACGUCUUCAUUUAUUGGGUCAGACUCUGUGGCAUCAUUGGUCGAGUCAGCCAACAUCUCUCACGCAACCUGGAACAGGCGUUGUUUCCAACCACUUUGGCAGAAGAACUCAUCGGUUGGGCCCACAGCCUCCCCAGCCACUUAGAACUACCAGACAUGGCCGAUCGAGCACGAAAAUUUAAUCGGGAUGUGUUAAAGCUACAUCUACCCUAUCUGACCACCGUCACCAUUCUACACCUGAACUGGUCGUCGCAGCACCCUUCACAGCCUUGGCCAGAAGCGUACACAGCUGCGGUAUUGUCGGCAUCGUGUGUCACUCGCAUCUUCAAGGACUUCCUCGCUCGCGGGGAAAUUCGGUUUCUGGGCGCCAUCGCAUGCUGGUACGUGGGAGUAGCCAUUAUAGCGCUCUUACAGACCCAGCAGAUCGACUGCCUGGCAGAAUGUGGAGCCGAGGACAUUCGCAUCUUGAGACUCGCUUUGAACGAGUUGGCGAGUCUGUGGCCCUCGACUGCCAUUUUCGUCAAGGGAUUUGACCGCCUGCGGGCAUUCGAAAGCCUCGGGGCGAGGCGUGACGGGGGCGCUGCAUUGAAUCCGCAAGUGCCGCGCACAACUGGAAACACUGCGACCUCAGGUCUUUCGGACCUGAACUGGCCACAUGGUGUCGACUGGCAGAGCUACUUCCCCCACGUCACGACGAGAACCUGCGGGCUAGCAGGCAUCUUGCUCGCGGAACCACACCAGCCAGAAAUAUGGGGCGACCUCUCCUGGCUGGGAGACGCCACCACGUAUUUUCAGGACUUGUUUGACUCUUCAGAUGCGUUGCUGGAUCCUUACCUUGAGAAUCUCUCUGCCUUAUGCCGAAUAGAUGAUCAAAUACGCCUCUAA